AUGAUCGUGUCCGGGAGCUCGCACCUCAUCAUCCCGAAGAAGAUCCUCGCCGUGUCGCUCCUGGCGCUCCUCGGCGGGUUCACGGGCGUGCUCGUGUCGAACCACGUCUACUCGCGGCGCGUCGAGACGUUCCUCCACCAGAAGACGAAGUCCGUCGCCAAGAGCAACAAGCAGCUCGAGGGCGAGCAGGAGGACUACCGGGCCCUCUUCAACAAGCUCACGUGGCAGCUCGACCAGGACGAGGGCAAGGGCACGGACAGAGACCUGAGCAAGGACCAGGUCGGGAGCUUCCACCAGCUCGCGACGCGGCUCCUCGAGGGCCUCCAGUCCAUGCAGGACCUCCUCGAGGAGAAGGAGUUCCAGCUCUGGGAGAAGGAGGGCCUCCUCGAGUACCAGGAGGAGCGCCUCAUGAACACGGAGGACCUCGAGCUCGAGAUGAGCGGCUUCAUCAACGGCAUGGCCGCGGCGCUCCUGGCCAAGAACGCGACGCUCCCGGAGGGGCUCACGGACCAGCCCUACUACGGCGCCGCCGGGAAGACCGACGACGCCGACGGCCCGGACAUCGACGCGCUCGAGCUGAAACGGGACCAGGACUAG